ACAUACACAGCUGUAUACACCACAGGCUACUGAACUUUAAAGGAAGAAAACCAGUAGCCACUGCUGGCUUUUCAAACAACUUUUGCUGCUUGAAGAGAGAUCAAAGGACUUUGAUGAGGCAAGUGGAAAUAAAAAUGCUAGUGGUUUAUUGCUUAAAGUUUUAGAGUGUGUCUCAGAGAAAGAGGAGCUUCUGGUUUAACAAGAAGACACCACACUGGCAGGUGAAGAUGCCGGCCUCUGCUGGGGCGCUAAUGGAACCUCAAAUAAAAAGGAAACUUAAGAAAGUUGUCUUUGCUGUUCUCUGAUGACCGCUUCAUUCACAAAGCACAUCAUGACAAGGAAGCUGUCCAAAACUGAUGACCAGCCAACACCCCUCUGGGAAACCCUUUUGUUUAAUAGUUGUCUUUACAUUAACUUAAUAUUUCAUAUCAGGACUAAAGACAUUUGUACAUUCAAAUAAGCCACUAAAUAAAAAAUUGAAGAGCCAAGAUGGUUGUGAAAAAGUGGUUUCAGUGUCAGAUGUGGAAGUUGUUGCUGGUGAACACUUUAUCAUGUGGCCUGGAGGUGUGCAUGGCUGCCGGGACUGUCUACAUCCCACCUCUACUGCUGCAGGCCGGCAUGGAGGAACGCUACAUGACUAUGAUGCUUGCUGUGACUCCAGUUUUGGGCUUGAUCUUUAUACCCAUGAUCGGCUCAGCUAGUGAUUCUUGGAGAGGGCGCUUCGGUCGACGCACGCCCUUUAUCUGGAUCCUGAGCCUGGGAGUUUUGCUAGGCCUGCAAAUAAUUCCCCAAGCCAGGCGGCUGACUCUACUGAUUUCACCACAGCACCCUCACUGGGUGCAAGCCGGCAUGCAGGCUGCAGCUGUGUGCCUUGUCGAGUUCUGCGCACAGGCCUGUCUCACCCUACUGCUUGCCCUGCUGUCAGAUCUGUUCCCCGGGGAGGAAGAAAACCGAAAAGCAUUCUCAGUUAAUUCCCUGAUGACAAGCCUGGGGGGAUGCUUGGGGUUUUUGCUUCCUUCCGUGGACUGGAGCCAGGUGCCCAUAGCAGUAUAUUUGGGAGGGCAAGAGGCCUUUGUUUACACCCUGCUCACCCUCCUAUUUUUUGGCUGCCUCCUCUCCACAACCUGCAUCAAGGAGGAAGCAGGAGUCAGAGGAGAGAGGAAGAUUCUUGUUCAUCCCCCUUUAAAAAGUUUGGGGAGCAGAUGCUGCCCGUUCCCCUUCCUACUUCGGCCUCGUUGUUUACGUGAUGUGCUGUGUCGACGUGCAUCAGAGGCUCUUUCAAUGCUGCAUCAUUUGUAUGCGGUGUGCAUACAUGUGCCACAGGUCAUAUGGAGACUUUUUGUGGCAGAGGUGUGUAGUUGGAUGGCACUGAUGAGUGUCAUGCUCUUCUUCGCUGACUUUAUGGGGGAGGGAUUGUACCAGGGAGUGCCGGGUGCAGAUCCAGAAUCACAGGAAAGGAAACACUAUGAUGAAGGUGUGCGCAUGGCCAGUCUGGCUCUCUUCCUGCAGUGUGCAGUGUCGGUGCUGUGCUCUACGCUAAUGGACCGCUGGGUGGCUCUGCUGGGAGCCAAAGUGGUAUACACUAGUGGGGUGGCUCUUCUGCUGUUGGCCACCACCGUCAUGAGUGUCACAGACAGUGUGAUGAUGGUCACUGUCAUGGCUGCUGUGACGGGGUACACGCUCUGUGUCCUGCAGGUGCUGCCAUACACACUGCUGUGUCUCUAUCACUCAGACAGAAAGAUUUUCUUCAAGUCAUCCAGACCCAGACCUCUUGAGCGGACUGAAAGUAAUGACCCAACACUUGCUAAGCCUGUUCCCUCAUGUGGUCCACCUGCUAAGCACCAAGCUGUGGGGCUGAUACCUCAUGUGGCAGAGCCCUCUGUUGAGUCGCCACAUCUAUCACUUUUGGUGGCUGGAGGUGAUAGAGCUGAAGCAGACUCCACACAAGUCUCAAACAGAGGGAUGGGCUUUGACAUGGCAAUACUGGAAGGCGCGUACCUUCUCUCCCAGUUGCUGCCAGCCAUGUGUCUCGGUUCCAUAGUGCAGCUGACUAACAGCGUGAGGGCGUACAUGGCCUGUGCCUGCUGCUUCAGCCUGCUGGCUUUGCUCUUUGCCAGAAGAGUUGUCUACAGCCACACUGACCUCCAGUGUUGAUCGAGUCUCCAUCAGGAACAUCAGCCGACACAAGAGUCAUGUGCUGGAAACAGUGAAUCCUGAGUGUUCUCGUGUGGGGGAACACAGAGCAUUCUUCAGGUUUUUAUAGGCAUUCAAGGAUAUAAAGCAGUCAUAGAAGAAUCAUGCUGCCACUUUAAGAUCAUACCACAUGCCAAAUGUAGUGUCUUUUUAAUACAAUAAGGUCCAUGAAUGCUGUGUUUCCGUCACUCUUAUUGUGAGUGAAAUGACACAGCACACAGAAUACACUGUAUCAAAUAACUUUGUUUUUUGUAUUCUUGGAUAGGGAACGACAGGGAAUGAUAUCCUGCCGUGUGCUGUUGCUAAGAAACAACACUGGAGCCUUGACACUCCUUGUGUGGUGCAUUCUGCUGCAGUCUCCUCAUCCAUAUGCUCAGCUUGGCUGCUAUGGAGAUUCAUUUACAGCUAGCAUGUAACCUAAUUACCCAGUGAUUAGAAAGCAUGUUUAAAAUACCUUCCUUCUGAGCCGUGUGUUCCAGCCGUUUGCGGCCGUAGUGGUUGUAGUCUUACGCAUGAUGGGCUGAGAUAUUAUGGUAAAAUGAACUCUCCACUCCCUGUCCUUCUGUUGUAGAAGAGGGUGUGGACAGAUCAAUAUUGACUUGAGCUUGAGUUUACAAUACAUCUGUGCAGUCUUAUCUACUCUGAGUCCACGUGUGCAUCCAGUAUAACCAGGGAGGCUGAAAUAUUGCACUGAUGUCAUCUUUCUCAUCAAAGUUGUCUGGAAAUUGUGCAGCUGAAGGAUUCCUUUAAAAGGGACAAUGAGCCAGUACCUUGUAUUUAUUCAUGUCAUUAUCUUGUAUUCAGCCAUAAGGCCCUAAUUUAUUGAAGUAGACAUGACAUGUAAUUUGUUGUCAAUUAAUCAGGAGGCAGCCCAGAUUCCCCAGUUCACCACGUGUUUGACUGGCGUGCUGGAAAAGCUGUACUAAUCACCAUAUAUAUAUAUAAAUUCUUCACCAUUGGAGGUUAUAGUUUUGAAAAUGACACAACUGCAUGUAAAAAUGCUCAGCUGGAAAUGUUAUUGACGCAAAACAUGUUUUGCAUGUGUCAUACUUCUGGGAUAUAUUUAGAGAUGGGGUCUUCUGACUGAGAUUUUUCUUUUCUUUUUAUAUUUACAUGUGUUUGAGUUGUUUGAGAUACUUAAUUGCACUAAGUUUAUAGGUUAUUUGGGAAUUUGCUCGGGGGAUUUUGUUUUUAAGUUGUCCUAAUUGUUUUCUGAAUCUUAUAGGUUUAAAGAAUGGUAGAAGGUUUAAAAAGUCUUACUUUGAAAUGUAGCCAUGGCAUGUGAAUAAAUGUGUUGUUUUACUGGCUUUAAUAUUUUCCCAUUUUAGUCACGUUUAGUGUAAAGAUUCAUCUUCUGUCUGAGUUCCGUAGCCCUUCCAAACCACCAGAGGGCCCCUUUGCACAACAGAAAAGCUGCACAGCAUGAAGUGUAAAUGCAUGAAGGUAUUCUUGUAGGUCAACUUUUAUAUGUUCAUUCUUCUAACAGUGUACAUGCAUUAACAAAUGUGAUCUUGAUAUGUUAAGAGUUUUUUUUUAAAUAAAAGUUUUAUGUCCUCAAAAUAAUGUGGAAUAUUACAGCUUUCAUGUUGAUGGAGUAUAAAUCAAGGUGUGAAGUUUGGUUUUGCCUAGCAGUGAGAAGGAUGCGUUUCAUCAGUUCCUCCAAAGCAUGAAGAUCAUUCUCAGCACGUCAACACUUUGUGCCGAGAUUCUCUCACAUCUCCACAAGGAGAUGCUUGAACUGCUCAAACACAUUUGACUUUAAAAUUCUUUUAAAACGUGAACUAUGAUGUUAUUAUUAAUCUCUUCCUCCCCUCACUCCCAACCAGUCGCAGUAGACGACUGAGUCUGGUUCUGCUGGAGGUUUCUUGCUGUUAAAAAGGAGAUUUUCCUUCCCACCGUUGCCAAGUGCUUGCUCAAAGGGGGCCAUCUGAUUG